AGCGGCUGCAGCGGCCAUCUGAGCAAGAUGAUGCUGGCGCCGGCAGGGGGCGCCCUGCAACACAGCCGCUCCAUGUCCAUGCCCGUGUCCCACUCGCCUCCGGUGGCCACCAGCCCUGGCAGCCUCUCCUCCAGCAGUGGGCACGGGUCGGGCUCCUACCCGCUCCCUCCAGGCCCACACCCGCAUCUGCAGCACCCUCUGCACCAUCAUCAGAGCCAGCGGCCCUCUAGUGGCAGUGCCUCUGCCUCCGGCUCCCCCAGUGACCCUGGGUUCAUAUCCCUGGAUGAGUACGGCUCUAGCCCUGGAGACUUGAGAGCCUUCUGCAGCCAUCGAAGCAACACUCCCGAGUCCAUCGCUGAGACCCCACCUGCGCGAGAUGGCAGUGGGAGCGAGUUGUAUGGGUACAUGACCAUGGAGAGGCCCUUGAGCCACUGUGGCCGCCCCUAUCGCAGGGUUUCAGGGGACGGGGCUCAGGACUUGGACAAAGGGCUAAGGAAGAGGACUUACUCCCUGACCACACCUGCCCGUCAGCGGGCAGUGCCCCAGCCCUCCUCUGCAUCCCUGGACGAAUACACUCUGAUGCGGGCCACUUUUUCUGGCAGCUCAGGCCGCCUCUGCCCAUCCUGCCCAGCAUCCUCUCCCAAAGUGGCCUACAACCCCUACCCCGAGGACUACGGAGACAUAGAGAUCGGCUCGCACAGGAGCUCCAGCAGUAACCUGGGGACAGAUGAUGGCUACAUGCCCAUGACCCCUGGUGUGGCUCCGAUGAUGGGUGCCAGCAGUGGCAGCUGUAAGAGAGAUGACUACAUGCCCAUGAGCCCCACCAGUGUGUCUGCCCCCAAGCAAAUCCUGCAACCCCGUGCUUCGGCUUCCAUCUUGCCCCCCUCAGGAGCUGGGGUGCCAACAACCACCUCUGCAGCUGGAAGAGGCUUUCCAGUGAAUGGGGUCAGCUACAAGACCAGUUCCCCAGCUGAGAGCUCCCCAGAGGACAAUAGGUACAUGCGCAUGUGGUGCAGCUCCAAGCUGUCCGUGGAGAACUCUGACAGCAAGCUGCUUUCUAAUGGGGACUACCUCAAUAUGUCCCCCAGUGACGCGGGCACUGCCUGCACCCCUCCCGACUUCUUCUCAGCUGCUUUGCACAGUGGUGGAGAAAUCCUCAAAGGAGUCCCCGGCUACUGCUACAGCUCUUUGCCCCGCUCUUACAAGGCUCCUUAUACUUGCAAUGGGGACAAUGACCAGUAUGUACUGAUGAGCUCCCCGGUGGGGCGGAUCCUGGAGGAGGAGAGGCCAGACCAACAGACCAGUCCACAGCCACUGGCCACCCCAGUGACCACCCAGUCGGCCAGCGCCUUUGGUGCCAGUGGGGGGAGCCACAUCCAACCUCACCACCCAGUAGUGCCUUCACCCAUGAGGCAAAGUGGCCAUGGUGGCAGUGGCGGUGGCAGCAGCCGCCCGGAGGGGUUCCUGAACCAACGCUGUCGGGCCGUGCGGCCCACUCGCCUAUCCUUGGAGGGCCUUCAGACUCUGCCAAGCAUGCAUGAAUACCCUCUGCCACCGGAACCCAAGAGUCCUGGUGAAUACAUCAACAUCGACUUCGGCGAGGCAGGAGCCCGCCUUUCCCCGCCUGCCCCUACGCUCUUGGCCUCGGCAGCCUCGUCCUCCUCGCUGCUGUCGGCCAGUAGCCCAGCCUCCUCCCUGGGCUCUGGCACCCCAGGAACGAGCAGCGACAGCCGGCAACGUUCCCCUCUGUCAGACUACAUGAACCUCGACUUUAACUCGCCCAAGUCACCCAAGCCAGGGACCCAGAGUGGUGACCCUAUAGGCUCCUUAGAUGCCCUCCUCUCCCCGGAGGCCUCCUCUCCAUACCCACCACUGCCCCCAAGGCCCUCAGCAUCUCCUUCCUCUGCGUCAUGCCCCCAGCAGCAGCCACCUUUACCGCCGCCACCAGGGGAGCUAUACCGGCUGCCUCCAGUGUCCACUGCUGCCACCUCCCAGGGCCCCAGCGCUGCCUCCUCUUCGUCCUCUGAGACUGGGGACAAUGGUGACUACACCGAGAUGGCCUUUGGUGUGGCUGCCACCCCGCCACAACCCAUUGCGGCACCUCCGAAGCCAGAAAGUGCCCGUGUGACCAGCCCGACUGCAGGCGUGAAGAGGCUGAGUCUCAUGGAUCAGGUGUCCGGCAUGGAAGCCUUCCUGCAGGCCAGCCCAGCCCCAGACCCACACAGAGGCGCCAAGGUCAUCCGCGCGGAUCCUCAGGGGGGCCGCCGGCGGCACAGCUCAGAGACCUUCUCCUCGACCACUACUGUGACCCCUGUGUCCCCGUCCUUCGCCCACAAUCCUAAGCGCCACAACUCGGCCUCCGUGGAAAAUGUCUCUCUCAGGAAAAGUGGCGAGGGCGGCGGUAGUGGUGUGGGUGGACUUGGAGGGGGAGAUGAGCCCCCCAAGUCCCCCCAUCCGUCGCAGCCAGCCCUUCCUGUGCCAUCGCAGCAGCCGAGACCAUGGACACAAAAUCAGUCGGGGGGAUUGAUAGGCUGCCCUGGGGGCAGUGGUUCGCCCAUGCGCAGGGAGACCUCCGCGGGUUUCCAGAAUGGGCUCAACUACAUCGCCAUCGAUGUCCAGGAGGAGACUGGGCUUCUACCGCAGCAGCCCCAGCACCCACCACCAGGAGAAAAGAACUCCUGGGUCCGGAACCAUAGCCUUGGGGGGCUCAUCAACGCUGUAGGUGGCGGCAGCACCGGUGGGGGGUGUGGGGGGCCAGGGCCUGGCGCCCUGCCCUCUGCCAACACCUAUGCCAGCAUUGACUUCUUGUCGCACCACCUGAAGGAGGCUACUGUUGUGAAAGAAUGAAGAUCUACCUGGCUUUAUCACCAUGACCUCACACAUCAGAAUAUAACAUUAAAAGAAGGUGUUCAACCUUCUCCCCACCCCCCACCCCUACUAUGAAGCUGCUUAAAAUUCACUGUUGGAUCUGAGCAGUUACUAAGUUCCGAAACACGGACGGUAUUAGACGCAAGAAUCAACACAAGGAAAGAACACCUGCCUCACUUACUUGUUCCCUAUAUUUGGCAUCAUUGUUGUGCUGCUGUUUUUGUGGGGUUUUUGUUUCGCUUUGUUUUUAAGAAAGAAAGAAACAACGCUAGCUGAAGAAGUUAUUCUCAAGAAAAUUGGAUAUUUUCAUUGGCCUCAAAUUGUGGCCAGUGUCUUUUUUUUUUUUUAAACGUUUUAUUUUGGCCAAGCCAAAUUAUUCUUCAGCAUGCUAGGAGACGCUAUGAAAACCCAUUCAAGUGGUAAAAUCUGGUAUUUACUGGCAUACACUCAAAACCUCCACAGUCCUACCUCAGUUCAAGAUAAAGCCGGAUUUGUGUGGUUGGGGUGCAGCAGGUCUUCCUGUCUAUCUGUCUGCGAGUGUGUCUGAGGGUGGUCUUCGGUCUUACUGAACUGGUUCACGUAGACAGCUGCUUGUUGGACUUCAAUCCAGGUAAUCUGCAGUGUUUACUCACAGACAGAGCCCGGUGUGGGACUGACAUUUCUAAACGGAAAUGAAAUUUGGGGUCAGACUUUGAAGAUGGAUUAAUAAAUAAUACUUACAUUAACUGACGCAACCUACUUUUGAAAAUCAUCAACUGUAUUGGGUUGUGGGGGUGGGAGGGGGAUGGGGCUUGGGCAGGGUGUGAGUAUCUUUUUACCUUUAACAGACUCGUUUAAUCUGCUCUCUGUCGAUGUUUAUGUAGGUACUUAAAAUUGCAAAAGCCUUUAUCCUACUUACAAGCUCAAAUUUCUCUGCUACCCUUAAUCUUGAGCUUGCAUUUCUUUAACCAAAAAUUCACGUAGGCAUGCUAGCGAUUGAAGGGUGGUCGUCGGUUUGGCAGAUUUAAAAAAAAACUGUAUUUAUUAUCCUUAAUAUAAUUCUGUCAUGCCAGCCAACAAGGCUGCCCUGAAUAACAGAACAAAAGGGAGAAGAAGAAAAAAAAGAGAAAAAGACGACGACGCUGAUAAUUACACUUGUGAAAGAGGCACUGCAGGCGCCAGUGGCAUUCCUGGGAAAAGAGAAGGAAAACAAUCUUGCAGUACAUGUCACUCGUCAGAAAAUUCCCGACAAGGCUACCCUUGUUUGAUGUUUUCAGUAUUCGGAACAUACCAGUGUUGUGGCGAUUAUCACAGAUGUCACCAAGAAUUGCUGAACGAGACCAGCAGAGCGCUCUGUCCGCCGGCUGCUCCCUGAUACAUCGGAUUGGAGAGGUGUCGAUAGUUCCCUCCCAUGGUUGCAUCCCCAGUGCCUGUCUUUCUGAUAGUCAGAUAGAUGCUACACUAAUUCAUCAGAGAUGUGAGAAUCCUCUUUUCCUUGCGUUCGCUGUUUUGGUUUUGGUUUUUAACCUGGAAGAAGAAAAAAAUCCAUACUAUGGAGAAAUAUAUAUAUAAAUAUAUAGAUAUCUAUCACUAUAGAUUAAUGCAUUAAUAAAAUGAGGUUUUUAGAGGAAGACCAAAAAAAUUUCAAUGUCUUAAAAAUAUAUUUAAUGGCAAUGCAAAAGUCUUCCCGCUUACAUGCUGAACUUUUAGAACAGAGGAUUGUAUGACAAGACAAAGUUGAAUGUAAAGUAAUCCCCCUGGACAUUUUUAAGGUUUUAAUUUUCUGAAAUUACACAUCACAGCAGUGCAUAGGCCAUACAAUGUUAGUUUGAAGGUCAAUUUCUAUGUAAAAUACACUUUAUUAAAAUGUAUAAAAUGUCCUAAAGUGGUUUGUUUUGUUUUGUCUUGUUUGUUUUCUUUUUAAUCAAAUUUUGGGAAUAAGAAUGGAUGGGUGGUAUUUGCUCUGUAACUGCCCAGGUACCAUAAGAUGGAUCUGGACCCUGUUGAGUACAGCCUAUGGACUCACCUGUAAGUAGCCCUGUGCACUUAGAGUAGUCAUGCCACAGUACGGAUGGCUCAUGUUCAUACAGCAACUUAAGCAAAGCAAAAUAUACUAAAUUUUCCUCUAUCCUGUACAUUUCAAAAAAGGCAUAUGCAAUAUUUACAGUUUUAAUUUAGUUUACAGAAUGGAACCAAAAUGUAUAAAUGUUAUGUUUGCUAAAACUUCACAAUGUAUAUUGGGUCUUUGUACAUUUUGCCUGACUUACCUUAAAUUUAAAAUAUUUUUUGCUAUAUAAACUUUAACAGUUAUUAAACAGUGUUUUCUUUUGGGGUACGUAUUGUUUCUGAAUAUCAAGAUGUUAAAUAUAUUUCUUGCUAUUGUGAUAUGACAAGAGACUUAACUUAUCUUGCUCUGUCUUCCAAUGUACACGCUGUAUAUAGGGUAAAUGUGACGCUGCUGGAGACAAGGAUAAAUGGAACUAGAAUAGUGCAUUGUAUUUAGUCUGUAUUGAUCAUGGAUGCUCUCCUUAAUAGCCAUAUGCAAUAAAAUAAAAUACAUUAUUUAUGAAAUGAAUAAAGCUUUGAGGAUA